AUGCUAGUGGGAGUGCUGAAGAAGGACGACACUCCUCAGAUCCCGAAUUCGUUGACGAUGUCGUCUCAAAGGUCUACUCCUCUGACGACAUCGGCGCAAUAGAUGCACAUUGCUGGAAUGCGGCAUCCAAAUGGAUAUCCACUGUGAUCAUUUCGUCCAUUGCGGCGUUGGUUUCCUUUGCAGGAGCUAUUGAUUCCGAGGCAUCCUCAAAUAUCUCAUCCGAGUUCGGAAUCAGCGAAGAGGCAGAGACAUUGGCAACUGCCAUGUUUCUCUUCGGGUUUGCUUUUGGAGCCCUUGUGACCGGUCCCGUAUCCGAGACUUUUGGCCGCAACGCGGUCUACGUGACGUCCCUGGUUAUUUUCAUCAUCUGCGCCGUGAUCACAGGUUGCUCCCACAGCCUUGCCCUACAAAGCAUUUUCCGCUUCUUCGUCGGAUUCUCUGGCUCCAGUCCAUUGGUGUGCGCUGGGGGUUCACUGUCCGACCUAUGGACCACGACCCAGCAGGUCUAUGUUUUCCCCGUAUUCUCUAUUAUAUCGUUCGUGGGCUCCGCUACGGGACCAUUGGUUGGAGGAUACAUUGCCGAAAGCGGAAUAUCCUGGAGAUGGGUUGACUGGGUGACUGCUCUCGUCGCAGGGUUCUUCCUCGCGACGGUCGUCUUAUUCUUGCCGGAGACAUUCCGACCAGUUCUCGUACAGCUCAAAGCGAGGGAGAUACAGCGUGCCACCGGAACCGACAAGCACAAAGCGUCGACUGAGAAGGAACGCAAAACCUCGCUGGCUAUGCAGAUCCUCUUCGGCAUCUGGCGACCCUUCUACCUCACCGUCUACGAGCCCAUCGUCGUCGUUUGCGCGCUCUACCUGUCCAUCAUCUAUGUCAUCCUCUUUACGUGGCUAAACGGCUUCAAUUAUAUAUUCGCAGACACGUACUCCUUCACAAAGGGACAGGUGGGACUCUGCUUCCUCGCCAUGUUCGUCGGCAACUGCUGCACCAUACCCUUGAUCCCGCUCAUCUACAAACUCUACACAAAAGCCCUCCACAAGGCUCAACAACGCCACGAGUCUUCCAAGGACGAAGCCGACUCCAAUCCCCGAUCCACCAAACCCCCACCAGAAAUUCAUCUCUACUAUGCCAUGUUCGGCGCCCCCACUAUUCCCCUAUCUCUCUUCUGGAUGGCGUACACCGCGACCCCGCAUAUCUCGCCCUGGGUACCCAUUGUCGGAUCCCUCCCAUUCGGCUUCGGCUUCACCACCGUGUUUGUCUCCUGCUAUCAGUACCUUACAGACUGCUAUGGUAUCUGGUCCGCUUCCGCGCUGUCGAGUGUGAAUUUCGUGCGGUGUCUGUCCGCCGGCGGGAUGAUGCUGGCUUCGAUGCCGCUGUAUGAGAAUCUGGGGGUGAAGUGGUCGUUGACCUUGCUGGGGGCUGCGUCUGCGGUGCUGGUGCCGGUGCCGUUCGCGUUUUGUAAAUGGGGGGAUCUGAUUCGGAGGAAGAGUAAGAAUGCGUUGGCUUAG